AUAAUCUCAAACUUUGUAAUUAUAUGAAUUAUAUUUGAGAAUGAACUCUGCAGGAUAAGACAAAAUAUGAUAAUCUAGUUUGGGAUUUUAAUCAGGGUCUCCUGAGUCUUUUGUCAGGUAGCACUAAUAUUUGGGCCUAUGUUUUAAUGUCACAUAUAGCUAUUAAGAAAUAUUAUUCUCUGAAUAUUGAAAAGAAAAUUUAAUACAUGCAUAGUCUGAUUUUAUUGAUAACAGCAACCGUAGACCCCUGGACAUGACAGGAUGUAAUUACUUGGGGGUGGAAAAUGUCCUUGCUGCUUUAGAUGUGGAUUUAGAGAAAGGAGCCAUCCUCAUUGUACCAAUCAGUAACAUGGUUCAUUGGUAUUUGGCUGUGUUAUGUGCAGAGUCACGGUCCAUUUACUUUCUCUGUUCCAUGAAUGGACGAUAUGAAAAUGAGGGGGCAUCAUUGAAAGUAUAUUUUGAAAAGGAACUGGAGAAGUGUGGCAUUGUGGACAAAGUUGAGGUGGAGCAUAAAAAAGUUCCACAACAGAGGAAUAGUUUUGACUGUGGGGUAUUUCUCCUUUCCUAUAUCAGAAACAUUCUUCAGAACCAGUCAAUUGCAGAUGUUGAGACUACAUAUCGCAGCUAG